CCGCGGGCCGUCUCCGCCCCGGAAGGCGGCGGCCGCGCCAAUCGCCGGGGCUGUUGCUGGGCGGUGCGGGUGACAUUGGGCACGGCCAUGGUGGUGGCGGCGCUGGGCCGAGCGGCGGGGCGGCUGCUGCGGGCCGGGGCCGCCGUGCCCGGGCGGCGGCGCGCGGGCGGCGGGGUGCAUAUCCCGCCGCGGUACCGGCAGUUCCCGGAGCUGACGCGGGCGCAGGUGAUCCGAGGCGAGGUGCUCAGCGGCUUCAUGUGGUUCUGGAUCCUCUGGCAGUUCUGGCACAACUCGGACAUGGUGCUGGGACACUUCCCGUAUCCCGACGCUUCGGCCUGGACGGACGAGGAGCUCGGCAUCCCCCCGGACGAUGAGGAAUAGCAGCACACCGCUCUAAACCAAAAGCUUCAACUACUGCUGAAGGCAGCACUGAUGAGGUCCUUCUUCUGCUCUGCAUGGUGGGAAAACGAUGAGCGAAAAGGUUCUCAGGUUUUUCUUCUGUUAUUUUCAGGUUCCUGGAACUAAUUGAGGCCCCUGGAACCAAAUCUUUGGCUCCUGGGUCCUUAUGUGAAUAAAACUAAACAAAGUCUAA